UAAUAGAACGACCUGAGAUAACUUUCCCAUAUUUUGACAUUUUUGACAAUGGCCGUGUAUUUCAUUCCAUAACAUUUUCUAAUUCGUUGUACGUUCAUUUAUUGAGUCAUUGGAACCGUAAAUAUAAAGUGUGAAUUAAUAAUUUCUCAAUUAUAUCAUUCGGAUUGAAGGAAAAAAUACACAUUUUGUAUUGAAGACAUGUUUUGUUGAUACCACAAUAUAUUCAGUGAUAUCGGUAGAAGAUGUAUUGUGUGUAAAAUCAAUCAUAUUAUGAAAGACGUUAAAUAAUUGAUUGAAACAAUUCUCUAUUUUUCAAAUAAAUUAUGUUAUAUUGAACAACACAGGAAACUGAACGUGAAAUAAUAUCCUUCCAAAAUGUCUUCAAUGAAGAGUGGAGCUAUGGGAAAAAAAGAAGGAAAGAUGAGAAUUCGUGCGUUUCCAAUGACAAUGGAUGAAAAGUACGUGGAGAGUAUAUGGGCAUUACUAAAGAAUGCUAUUCAAGAAAUUCAAAAGAAGAAUAAUUCUGGUCUGAGUUUUGAGGAAUUGUAUCGCAAUGCAUACACUAUGGUCUUACACAAACAUGGUGAGAGAUUAUAUACUGGCUUGAAAGAAGUUGUAACUCAGCAUUUGGAGACAAAGGUGCGUGAAGAUGUUUUGAGAUCAUUACAUAAUAGUUUCCUGAUGACUUUGAACCAAGCAUGGAAUGAUCAUCAAACAUCGAUGGUGAUGAUCAGAGAUAUACUGAUGUAUAUGGAUCGGGUCUACGUGCAGCAGAAUGAUGUAGACAACGUGUACAAUUUGGGUCUCAUUAUAUUCAGGGACCAGGUUGUACGCUAUGGUUGUAUAAGGGAUCAUCUCAGAGAAACACUGCUUGAUAUGGUUAUGAGGGAGAGAAAAGGUGAAAAAGUGGAUCGAAUUUCAAUUAAAAACGCUUGUCAAAUGCUCAUGGUCCUUGGAAUUAACUCCAGAUCGGUGUAUGAAGAGGAUUUUGAGAGACCUUUUCUACAGCAAUCUGCAGAAUUCUACAAGGUGGAGAGUCAAAAAUUUUUGGCUGAGAACAGUGCAUCAGUCUACAUAAAAAAAGUAGAAACAAGAAUCAAUGAAGAAUCUGAUAGGGCAAAACAUUACCUGGAUGAAUCCACAGAACCAAGAAUCGUCGAAGUAGUUGAAGAGGAACUGAUAAAGAAACAUAUGAAAACUAUAGUUGAAAUGGAAAACUCUGGAGUGGUUCAUAUGUUGAAGAAUCAAAAAACCGAAGACCUGGCAUGUAUGUACAAACUCUUUGGUCGAGUAACGGAUGGUUUGAAGACCAUGGCUGACUGUGUUAGUCAAUAUUUGAGGGAACAAGGCAAAGCUCUUGUUCAGGAGGAUGAUCAUAAUUCUUCAACAAAUGCCAUAACAUUUGUUCAAUCAUUAUUGGAUCUUAAAGAUCGAUUUGAUCAUUUCCUGAAGAACUCUUUCAGUAAUGAUAAAAUCUUUAAGCAAAUGAUUGCAUCUGAUUUCGAGUAUUUCCUCAACCUAAAUCCCAAAUCACCAGAAUAUUUGUCAUUAUUUAUUGAUGAUAAAUUGAAGAAAGGAGUUAAAGGGAUGACAGAACAGGAGAUUGAAACAGUUCUCGAUAAAUCAAUGGUUCUAUUCAGAUUCCUCCAGGAAAAAGAUGUUUUUGAAAGGUAUUACAAACAACAUCUAGCUAAAAGACUCCUUUUGAACAAAUCAGUCAGUGAUGAUUGGGAGAAAAACAUGAUCUCAAAGCUGAAGACGGAAUGUGGCUGCCAGUUCACCUCAAAACUAGAAGGAAUGUUCAAAGAUAUGACAGUUUCUAAUACAAUAAUGGAUGAAUUCAAAGAGCAUAUUGCCAAAUCAGAGACGAGUUUAUGUGGCGUCGACUUGUUCAUGCGUGUAUUGACAACUGGAUUCUGGCCAACCCAGAGUGCCACCCCUAAGUGUCACAUACCACCUGUUCCACUUGCCGCUUUCGAAAGUUUUCGUAGAUUUUAUUUGGGAAAACAUAGCGGUCGUCAGCUUACUCUACAACCACAACUUGGCAAUGCAGAUCUUAAUGCCGUUUUCUAUGGGCCUAAGAAGGAUGAUCUAGACAAAGAAGGAGCUUGCUCUUCUUCAACUAGCCUUGUUUCAAAUCGAUCAUGUGGACCAAGGAAACACAUAAUCCAAGUUUCAACUUAUCAAAUGGUUGUGUUAAUGCUUUUUAAUAACCACGAUAAAUUAACAUAUGAAGAAAUUCAAAAUGAAAGUGACAUCCCCGAAAGAGACCUUAUCAGAGCUUUACAGAGUCUUGCAAUGGGUAAAGCCUCACAAAGGAUAUUAAUCAAAAAUCCAAAAACUAAAGAGAUUGAAUCCAAUCAUGAGUUCUAUGUCAAUGAUUCCUUCAGUUCAAAACUGCACAGAGUGAAAAUUCAAACAGUGGCUGCAAAAGGGGAAAGCGAACCAGAGAGAAGGGAAACAAGGAAUAAGGUGGAUGAGGAUAGAAAACAUGAAAUAGAAGCAGCUAUAGUUAGAAUAAUGAAAUCAAGGAAAAGAAUGGCGCACAAUAUCUUAGUCACGGAGGUGACGGAACAACUAAAGAGUCGAUUCUUGCCCUCGCCAGUUAUAAUAAAGAAACGAAUAGAAGGACUUAUCGAACGAGAAUACCUUGCUCGUACCCCCGAAGAUCGAAAAGUUUACACUUACGUUGCAUGAACACUUUUUGGUAAUCAGUUAAGUGAACUUUUUGUGGGUCUGAUAUUGCGGUGUGACCGCCUAUGGAUUGUGCAAAUUAUACCGCUUUAGUGAUCUGUCAUACCCAUAUAGCUAAUUCAUAUUGAAAUCUAAUAUAAUUAAAUUAUUCAGAAAUGAUUGUUCUUAUCUUUUUAUUCGUUAGCAUGUUUUCUGCAUUUUCUUCCAGUUAUAUUAAAUUUUUCUGGAUUUCCAGAUUCAAAAUGUUCAAUUAUGUAAAUAUUGAAUCUUUUUUUUUUUUUCAAUAUAUGUAUAUUUUCAAAUUAAAAAGUUUCCAAUGGUAUAGUGAUUCAUUGGUUUCAUCCUUGGCUGAGAAAUAAAUAAGUUUACAAUA